AGGUCCGCGCUGGCGGCCUGGGGCUGCGGCGCGGGGCGUGGGAAGGGGGGCAGCAGACCCCAGCCCGCUGCGGUCGCCCCCUCCCGGCGGGGGCAGUAUCCACCCGGAAUAAGGGCGCCUCGGGGGGGCCCGAGCGCACGCGCAGGAAGGGAGGCUGCGCUCGCCGCGGGAGUCUCCAUCCUCGUAGGUGCCGAGGGGGCCCGACUGCGGCCCGGAGGACCGCGCGCCGGCCGCCCCCGGCGGGGGGGUCGCCGAGGUAGGACCGGGACCCGGUGCCGUGCCGUGCAUGCGCUACACCCGUCAGAGCCCGGCACCGAGGCCCCGCACGCGUGACCGAAAUGCGCGUGUGACUCCUGGGGCUCCUUAGGGUUUCCCUGGGUUGGUGCACGACUGGGCGCGCGGGAGCCGCGGGGCCGCUCCGCCGUGUACCGCCCCCCCCUCCCCAGGCGCGGGGGACCCGCCUCUGCGCUGUCCGGGGGCUGAGCGCGCUUCUGGGCGGCCAGCCCGCCUUUGUCCUCGGGCCCCUGCUUUGGGUUCCUUGAGAGCAGCCGUGUGUCCUCAGGGAGGCGGGUCUGGGGCCCCCGAUGAAGGCUCCAGCUGGAGGGGGUUUGUCCCCUCGGCUCUCCCGGAACAAAGCAGCUCCACUGAGGCAAGAAGAGCCUGGCUUCAGGAACAGGAAUCUCACCGGGAGAACCCACCCUCUUCGGAGUUGCAGAAGAGAGGCAGAAAGAGCGAGCCUAGGGGGCACGCCACGGCUCGGGUGGCUUCACCACAUCCAGAAGCUGUAUGCCUUCCCAGGUUUUGACAUUCUUUCAACAACAGAAAAUGAACAAAUCCCAGAAACGUGCUGGUCAGGGAUCCGUGACAUUCAGGGACGUGACUGUGGAGUUUACCCGGGAUGAGUGGCUACAACUGACAGGCACACAGAGGACACUGUACCGGGACGUGAUGCUGGAGAACUACAACCACCUGCUCUCCGUGGGGUGUCACCUCACCAAACCAGAAGUGAUCUUCAGGCUGGAGCAAGGAGAAGACCUGUGGCCAUCAGAGGGAGAAUUCCCAGACCAGGGUGAUCAAGACAGGAGUGAGGAAGACCAAAAUGAACAUUUGUGGCGAGUUUUACUCAUCAACAAAAAGUCACUGACUAAGAAGAAAGAUAAUGUUUUCAGAGAAAUACCCCAUCAGGAUGACUCACGUGGAAAAAGUUUGAAAAAUGUUUCAGAAUCAAUUAUUAGUGAUAAAAAUUAUUCAAGUAAGAACUCUCAUGAAAUUAAUACAUGUGGGAGGUUGCUUUCUGAUAAUAACCAAGGAGACACUCACACUGGAAAGAAACCUGAUGAAUAUAACCAAGAUGAGAAAUCCCCAAGCUGUAAUAAGGACCGUACUGAGCAACAGAAAAUUCAGACUUUGGGACCACUUUUUGAACGCGAUGAAUGUAGAGAAACCUCCCGUAAUAAGGCAGCCAUCGUUACACCUCCAAGGACUCAAACAGAAGACAAAUCCUGUGAUUAUAAGGAACUGGGGGGAAAUACCAGUGAUGAGUCAUCCCUGGAAGUUCUUCAGGAAGUUCACACAAGUAAGAAUCAUUGUGAGGUCACUGAGUGCCUGAAGUCAACCCUCUUAAAACAUCAGACAGUUAAUUUGGAAUCUAAUGAAAAUGAGAAUAAGUCCCAUCUCACUCCACCUUCUGAAACUCACAGAGGAGAGAAAACCUUUGAAUGUAGUUACUGCAGGAAAUCUUUUUACCAGGAGUCCCAACUGACUCAGCAUCAGAAGACACACACAAGAGAGAAACCCUGUGGAAGUAAUAAAUCUGUAAAAACCCUUCAGAAAUCACAACCCACAGACCCUUCAAGAUCUCAUGCAGGAGAGAAACCCAGUGAAUGCAGUGAAGCCCCUGUGCAGUCAGCUCUUUCUGAUCAACAGAGGGCAUGGUCAGAAGGGAAGCUUUAUGUGUGUAAUGAAUGCAAGAAGUCUUUUCGUCAUAGCUCAGCCCUCAAAGUCCAUCAGAGAAUUCACACAGGAGAGAAGCCCUAUCAAUGUACUGAGUGUGGGAAAUCUUUCUAUGCAAAAUCAAACUUCAAUCAUCAUCAGAGGACUCACACAGGGGAGAAACCAUAUGAAUGUAAGGAAUGUGGGAAAUCCUUCUGUGUAAAAUCGAACUUAACUAAACAUCAGAAAACACAUACAGGGGAGAAACCUUUCAAAUGUAAUGAGUGUGGAAAAACUUUCUUACAGAAGUCACAGUUUGCUGACCAUCAGAGAACACACACAGGGGAGAGACCCUAUGGAUGUAAUGAGUGCGGGAAGUCUUUCUACUAUAAGUCAGCCCUGCAUGUACAUCAGGGGAAGCAUACAGAAGAGAAACCCUAUAAAUGCACUGAUUGUGGGAAAUCCUUCUGCUAUAAGUCAGCCCUAAUUAUCCAUCAAGUAUCUCACACUGGGAAAAAACCCUAUGACUGUAAUGAAUGUGGGAAAACCUUCUGUGUGAAGUCAAACCUUACUAAACAUCAGAAAAUUCACACUGGUUUGAAACCUUAUGAAUGUAAUGAGUGUGGCAAAGCCUUCUCUAUGAGUUCGAUCCUAAUAGUACAUCAGAGAACUCACACGGGGGAGAAACCCUAUGGAUGCAAUGAAUGUGAGAAGUCCUUCUAUAAAAAAUCAGCCCUCACUAAACAUCAGAAAACUCACACAGGGGAGAAACCACAUGAAUGUAAUGAAUGUGGGAAGGCCUUCCAUAUGAAAUCCACCCUGAUCAUACACCAGAGAACUCACACUGGAGAGAAACCCUUUAAAUGUAAUGAGUGUGAAAAAUCAUUCUAUGUGAAGUCACUUCUUAAUAUUCACCAGAGAAAUCACACAGGAAAGAAACCCCAUGUAUGUAGUGAAUGUGGGAAAGCCUUUUCUAUGAAGUCUAAUCUCACUGAUCAUCAGAGGACACAUUCAGAAGAGAAACCCUAUGAAUGUAAUGAAUGUCAGAAGACCUUCCGCCAUAAGUCAACUUUAACCGUACACCAGAGAACUCACACAGGGGAGAAACCCUAUAAAUGUAAUGAAUGUGGGAAAUCCUUCUAUAUGAAGUCAGCCCUCAGUCAACACCAGAGAAUACACACAGGGGAAAAACCUUAUGAAUGUAAAGAAUGUGGGAAAACCUUCUUCCAGAAGUCACACCUCACUAAACAUCAGCGCACACACACAGGGGAGAAACCCUAUGAAUGUAAGGAAUGUAAAAAAACCUUCUUCCAGAAGUCCCACCUCAUUGAACACCAGAGAACACACACUGGGGAGAAGCCCCAUGAAUGUAACAAAUGUGGGAAAUCAUUCUGUUAUAAGUCAGCCUUAACCAUACAUCAGAGAACUCACACAGAAGAGAAACCAUAUAAAUGCAAUGAAUGUGAGAAAUCUUUCUGUAUGAAAUCCCACCUCACUGUACAUCAGAGAACUCACACAGGGAAGAACCCUUUUGAAUGUAAGGAAUGUGGGAAAACUUUUUAUGUGAAGUCAAACCUCAUUAAUCACCAGAGAACUCACACAGGGGAGAAGCCCUAUGAAUGUAAGCGAUGUGGGAAAUCCUUCUGUAUGAAGUCGACCCUCACGGUUCAUCAGCGCACACAUACUGGGGAGAAGCCCUAUGAAUGUAACGAAUGUGGGAAGUCCUUCUGCAAGAAGUCGACUCUCACAAAACAUCAGGUAAUUCACACAAGAGAGAUACCCUAAGGUGCGGGAAAUGUGGAAAACCCUCAUGCGUGAAGUCAAGUUUUGUGAACUUGAGAACCCAUGGGAAGAAAUCUUAUGACUGUAAUAAGGUGGAGAUCUCUUACUGUGGGGAUUUAGUCUUUAAUUGGAAUCAGAAGAC